AUGGAUUUGCAGAGUAGUAGCCAAUCAUCUUCUUCAACAUCAUCUUCAUUAACUUCUGCAAGUAUCUGGAGAAGUGAUCAUGUCGUGUAUCUAAGUUUCAUUUCUGAGGAUACUUGUUCAUUUGUUCGAGAUCUUUCUGACGCUCUAAAUAGAAGGGGUUUGCCUAAUAACGGCUACUCCUGGAAAUCCAUUAAUCCCGACCAACAUCCCUUAGAGAAAUACAAGAUUUAUGUGGUUCUCUUCUCCCAAAAAUAUAUUGUCUCAACUAGCCCCCAGCAGGAACUUGCAGCCAUGGCGGUUGAGUGCAUGAACACACCAGGUCACAGCUUUCUGCCAAUUUUCUACAAGUUAGAUCCGUCUCAAGUACGAAAUAGCUACUUUUUUCAGAAUAUACAAGAGUUUGAACGAGAUUCUCACAAGUUCAUAAAGGUGCAAAGAUGGCUAGCUACCACUGUAUUUACCCAACGUGAAGAUUUGGUCGUACGAGAUGAGACAGUGAUAAAAGACAUUGAUCAAACUCUUAAAGAAAUGGACAAAUCUGGCUCCAUAUCUCCAGUGGAGAUACAAUCUCAUCGUUUUAAAAAAUUAAUACGGCUUUUGGAUUUAAACUCAACCAAUGAUGUUGUCCGAUCCAUAGGGAUUUGUGGAAUGGGAGGAAUAGGCAAAACAGCUCUUGUGAAACAAGUGUUUAACAAGAUCUCCCUCUUUAAUGAUUCAUGUUUCCUUGCUAACGUAAGUGAAUAUGAAUUCUUCAUGGAAAAAGUACUUCUACGUCUAACCUUAAAACAAGAAUGUGUAUAUUCAAUGGACAACAUUUGCAGAAGCCUGGGACAACGUAAGAUGCUUAUAGUUCUUGAUGAUGUUGAUACGAUAGAAAAGUCGAAAUCUUUUCCUAGAAGCAAAGAUGGGUUUGGAAGAGGAAGUAGAAUUAUCAUAAUAUCAAGGGACCAGAACAUCCUUAAGAUGAUCGAAGUUGAUGAAAUUCACAAAGUUGAGCUAUUAAACACGGAGUAA